AUGACUUACACUAAAUCAGAGAGUUUCGACCAACUUAUACGGAACGCAACACUAGUAAAUUGUAACUCAGAGAUUUCAGAUGAAGUACGCGAACUAGAUGAUAAGAUUUCUACCCAUACUAGCCAUAUACAACUCCAGCGUUCACUUGAUUCAUUAACUAGGAAGAAUAGUCUUCUCGAUAAUCGCCUGUCUGAUUUAGAGAGCGCUAUAGACAGCUAUAGGAAUAGCAUAAAUAAUAAACACAGUCAGUUACAAGCAAGGAGACGUAAUUUAGCUAGACUUUCAAAUCAACAGCAACAUGACGAUUCAGACGAAAUAGAAAGGAGCGUCACAUUGAAAGUUUCAGUAGAUCAACUUAAGAAGCAAACCAAGAUACAGAGAAUUCGCCUACUAAAAGACCUUAGCGCGUUAUUCCCAAUAGUCAAAGUGGAUGAUAGCAACAAUCUGACUUUUUCUAUACUGGGAUUGUCUAUUAGCGAGAAUGUAAUAUCAUCCUCAUCGCAUGCUCAAACUAGCUCAGCAUUGGGUUAUAGCUGUCUCCUCACCUGCUUGCUCAGUAAAUACCUAAACGUAUACCUCCCAUAUGAUAUCGUAUAUAAAGGCAGUCAAUCUGUAAUUAUAGACCCAGUUAGCAACAUACGAGGAAGUAAUAUAUUUCCAUUAGAUUUGUUCUUCAAGAAAGAUCAAAUGUAUCGAUUUGAAUAUGCUAAUUAUAUACUAAAUAAGAAUAUAGAAGUAGUGACUCAUGCUAUCAUUCAACUUACCCUUACCGGAACUUAG